GACACACACUACUUAGUGCUUUGGAAAGAGGGCUGAGCCUCACACACAUAAUCAGCGCAGCUUCUCAAUGGGGGGACGGAGCCAAGAGGAGACAGAACUGUCGUUCCGCUGGAGCUGAUCUCCGUCCGUGUGUGAGAAGUGAGGAGGCACAUUAACGUUCUGUCGUCACGAGAGGGCUUUUACCUUCACAGGAGUAAGAAGAGAGAGAAAAAGGAGUAGAAGAAAGAGAGAGAAAAGGAGGUCUGUGGUGAUAUAAAGGUGAUAUGAGCAGCCUUCCAUCUUGUAAACACUGACUAGUUUCUAACAGCGUGUCAUUCCUGUGAGCUGAGGUGGUUUCUGGUGACCGCACUCCCAGGAUUUCAGACGGACAGAGAGAGUCGAGGGGGGCAAGCGGACGAGGCAGAAACAACAGAGCUUCUCCCCCUCUUAUCCUGCAGCGCUGUUCUUCUUUACACCUGGAACUUUGUUGGGAAUCCCUGGCCUCAGGCUAUGGAUGGAUUUAAGACAGUGUUGUGAGUCUGUUGAACAGACGGUGAUACUGACAGCAGGGCUCCUUUCUUUUGACCAGACAGACCACUCAGCCACCCUCCCACUCUGCCCUGCCAUGUCCUUGUUCCUGGGCCUGUGGAUUAGCCUGGGCUUCCUGCUGCUGUGCCAGGCCACGCUGUACGAGACCCUCCAGCAGCACCACGUGCCCCGGCCCGGACGCAACGCCAUCCAGAUCCUGGAAGGAGGUACGUGUGAGGUGAUCGCAGCCCACCGGUGCUGUAAUAAGAACCGUAUCGAGGAGCGCUCCCAGACCGUCAAGUGCUCCUGUCUACCKGGGAAAGUGGCCGGGACRACACGCAACAAACCCUCUUGUGUCGACGCGUCCAUUGUGAUUGGGAAGUGGUGGUGUGAGAUGGAGCCCUGUCUGGAGGGAGAGGAGUGUAAGACUCUGCCUGAUAACUCUGGAUGGAUGUGCUCCUCUGGGAACAAGAUCAAGACCACAAGGAACACUGCGCCAUACUCACCUUUUUAGCUCUGGAAGCAAAAUGCAGAGGAUGCUUCAACAGAAACUGAGCUGCAUUCUUGCCUCUGUAAAGAUUCAUCCUAGGACCUAACAAAGAGUUCCCUCGCAGGCUCCCAGCCAGGAUCCCCUCCCUCCAAAUGGACUAAAACCAUUACAUCAGCGACGACUGACUGGAUUACCUGUGACCGCAAAAAGGAUAUCCUCUGAAAUAAAACAGCUUUGCUAGCGUGGUGCCAAGGAUUUUAGACCAGACUAAUCCCCUUUUUGAUCAAUGAGCCUCACAUCGGUGAGACUCCACAACAACAACCAUGGCCAAUUUCCCACAUGCUCUUUUUUUCUCCCCUUCAAAACGAAAACAGCUUAGCCGGGGUUAUUUAGAUGUUGUAAAAACGUUAUUUGAAAACACUAACGCCUCCCGGAAGGUAAACUGGAUGAUCCUCACUGAGACUCAGUGCUACUGAGCAGGGGAUCCUACAGGAUCAGUGGCACAUUGGAGGGACAUUAUGUGGGGAUUGCUUUUACCUAUUUCAUCAUCCUUGUCAACGGCAUCCAUCUUAGAAGCGACAUCUCAGCAUGCCAGCUUUCCUGUGACUGUGUGGAGCCUGGGCAGUGACCCUGACUGCUGUUCACUCUGCCUACGCAACGCAAUGCCGCAGGAACAACAACGAGCGCUGAGUAAACAGACACUGAGAGGUCACAGGGGUCAACCCGGGGGCCCACAGUCACUGUCCAUGAUUGACAUAUCAGUCAGAAGUCUUCUUUGUUGGCAUGCUCUAUGUAAUUCAUUGGAGCUUUUUCUUUGUACGUAAGAUGCUUUGUGUAUAUAUACAUAUAUAAAUACAGUACAUAUAAAAAGAGUAUGUGGGCUCCCUUAUACAGUGAACAAAAUAUUCUGCACGGAGAUCCUUUUGUGGGAUUCUUCAUUUCUGUCCCUGAUUAUGAAGUACAGUGAAUUCCUAGUCAAAGGUAGUGGUUGAAUCUCCUCUCUGUGUAUAGGACUGUUUGCAGUGUUUGCUUGUAUUGAGAAUCUCUGGAAUAGCCUUACAGGAUCAUCAUGAGAAAGUGUUGGUCUUAUUCACCAUUCUGCGAUGUACUUGGAGGAUAGGAAUCUCUUUAGCUUCUGUAAAGAUGAUAAAAACACUGUACAGAACUGUCUAACAAAACAAACUAUAAUCAACAGCGACCCACGUCCUCUUUUCUGUGCUAAAUUAGAGAUAACAGUGCAACUGGGCCCAGUAUCUGAGAGUUAACGCCUGUUCUUAUUUCAUUUCCUGUGUCUGCUAUGGAGAAUGAGUGUGGACUUGGCUGUCAAUCAAUUAAAUGUAUUUAUAAAGCCCUUUUUACAUCAGCCGAUGUCACAAAGUGCUAUACAGAAACCCAGC